AUGUCUACCGCCGAACUCGCAGUCUCUUACGCCGCCCUCAUCCUCGCGGAUGACAACGUCGACAUCACUGCCGACAAGCUCCAGACCUUGAUCAAGGCUGCUGGUGUUGAGGACGUUGAGCCCAUCUGGACUUCCCUCUUCGCCAAGGCUCUCGAGGGCAAGGAUGUCAAGGAUCUUCUGUUGAACGUCGGAUCCGGUGGUGGUGCUGCUGCUGCCCCAGCUGCUGGUGGUGCUGCCGCCGCUGGCGGUGCCGAGGCUGCUGCGGAGGAGAAGAAGGAAGAGAAGGAGGAGGCCAAGGAGGAGUCAGACGAGGACAUGGGCUUCGGUCUCUUCGACUAA